CUUGACGGCCCAAAACCAUAGAGCGGGGACGCUAGAGAGACUAGAACCGUGUACGGCCGCCUACCGGCGGAAGCGGAAGUGACGUACCCGUAGCGCUUGCGCCCUGCCCGGUGUUUACUGGCCGGGAAGGUCACCCACGUGGGGGUGCGGCUCAGACUCGGUGCGAGGAGAUGCUGGGCGCGUUGCCGUCCCCGGGGCCCACCGGGCGGCGCUCGGCGCUGGCGGCUCUGGGGGCCGCGGCCGCCGCGCUCAGGCCCUUCCUGUGCGGCCUCCCCGGCUGCCGAGCUCCCCGGCGCGGCCUGGGCCAGGAGCCGCGGCAGCACCCGGACUCCCGGCUCCAGCUGCGGCUCCCGGAGGCGGCCGCGGCGGCGCGGCUGGUCCUGGAGAGGGCGCGGCCCUCCCCGCCGCUGCGCAGGUUCAUCGCCUGCCCCGACCUGGCCCGCGCCGUGCGCGCGAGCCUGGAGUGUGGCCCGGCCCGUGGCCCCGAGCCCGUCGUCCUGGAGUGCGAGCCGGGUCCUGGAGUCUUGACCCGGACGCUACUCAAUGCAGGUGCCCGAGUGGUAGCUCUGGAGAGUGACAGAGCUUUCCUUCCAGAUUUACAGUCUCUGGAGAACAGCCUACGUGGACAAUUAGAAGUUGUUUAUUGUGACUUCUUCAGAUUGGACCCUUUGGGCUGUGGAUCUAUGAAACCACCUGCUAUGUACUCUGAGAAACUUUUUGAAAAUUUGGGCAUCUUGGCAGUUCCUUGGACAGCAGAUGUUCCUGUAAAAAUUAUUGGAUUCCUUCCCCAAAAAAAGGAAAGAAACACUCUUUGGAAGUUUAUCUUUGUCAUGUAUGAACGCAGUUCCAUAUACAGAUAUGGAAGAAUAGAACUGAACAUGUUUGUUAGUGAAAAAGAGUACAAGGUAUUGACUGCAAAACCUGGUGAACUAAGGAGUUAUCAAGCAUUAAGUGUACUAUGGCAAACUGCCUGUGAAAUUCAGCUUCUCCACAUGGAACCUUGGUCUUCGUUUUUGACUAAUUCAAAAACCAGGGGACUUGCAAUACCAAAGAGCAUGCUGCUGCCAAACGACCACUUAUGUUUAGUACGAAUGACCCCACGGAGGAAUUUAUUUACAGGUGGCAUGACAACCACAAAUUCAUCUACUUUUAUUCAUAUGGUAAAACAGUGUCUUACUAAACGCAAGUCUAAACUAAUUGAUAAACUUAACUCAUGGAGUCCAGACAGCGGGAGUAAACUGUUAAGGGAGCUAGAAAUACCGGAAAACAUUAUAACAGGCAAUUUGUACCCAGAAGAGUACAGACGCCUUUUUGAAGCUAUGGAACACUCUAAAGAAUUUAGUCAAAGCUGGCUCUAUGAUGAAGUCUUGGAAAAUAACAGGAACAUAAAUUUUUAAAUCUAAACCUGUUGGUUUUGAAACAAAUUAUUUGUUUCAGUGACUAUAUUGUGAUGCAACUAAUAAGAAAUGGGCUCAAAAUCUUAGAAUUCCAUCAGUAAAGAUUAUGUUGUCCCCUGCACAAAUCAGAAGAUAAAGUUGCAUGAGAGAUGCAACAGCCUGUCUACAUGGGAAAAAACUGUUUAAACCAUGUAUAGGCAUGGCAGUUAACAGGUUGUUCUGUGUGCAUGGGAUUGAAGUCAAACGUUGCAUCUUCUCCAGCAGCAUAAUGGCAACUGUUGUUGCUCUUGGAAAUAUGGCAUAAAAUGUACUGCCUUUUUUGCUACUCUACUGUAUAUUUGUUAUAUUUUAAAUAAUAUGAGACCAAAUACUUGUGCAAUUUGGAGUUGGGUGUCAGAAUACUUAAUUAUUAUGAUUAACUCUUUCACAGUGCCCCAAAAUGUUUAGACUCUUUACAAAUAUAAGACCUCUUUUCCUUCUCCCUGGCCUAAGGAACAUAGUCUAAAAUUGAUAUGAUACAAUAAUAGUUAUGAACAAAGGGGUGAGGAAAAAUGGGAGAGUCGAAAACAACAGUAGAAUAAUAUGGGUACUCAGGUUAGUUAUGUGUGUUUCUUGUUUUAAUGUAUGCUCUGCAUUAUAUAUGUCUACUAGAGCUGAUGCGGUGGGGGGAGAGGAAUAUUCAUAGUAAUUUUUAAAAAUUGAAAUUUCAAAAUUCAGAAGAUGUUGAUCACUCUUCUACAUACCCUGCCACCCAUCCACAUGCAUAUAGUCUGCCAUCUUAUUUGCAUUUAAAAUUUUUCCUCCAGACCUUUGAACAUUGUAUAAACCAUGAAAAUUGUCUCUUCCCCACAACCUAUGCCCUUUAUAUAAUUGUUAAAAUGUGUGUAUAUUAUAUGUAUAUAAGCACAACCCACUAAAAAUUUUUUCCUAGCCAGAGUACUGUUUACACUCUCCUCAGCCACUAUUCUCCCUCAUUAACCAACUCUUUCCUUUUUCCCCUGUACAUCUGGUGUUGGGGCUGGUGGGAGGUGUCAAAGAGUGUUCCUGUAAGUGUCCAGGUACAAGACAACAGCAUAUCUGUUAAGUAUAGGCUUGGGUGGCUCAGAUACUGGGAAGUUGUGCUGCUUCAGCCUCUGCUAAUGGAGAAGUGUGUCUUGAUUCUCCAGGAGGGAUGGUAGGAGGCAGUGGCUGGGCCAUUAUCCCUGCCCUAUUACUGCAGUCCCUGCUACUGGAGAUAAUCUGCGGACAAUCUUUUGCAAUACUUAAGAGCUGAAACAGCCAGAAGGACUGUUUCAUGCAAUCUCCGUUCCAUCCUACAGCAUUAACUAUGUCCUGGAGUAAUUCUUGCAUAUUGGGAUUAUCUUCCCAUUCACACCUUUCCUGACUCUUAGAUAUUAUAAGAAUCUGUAUUUACAAGGUGAUCACCGUUGCUGAGUUAGCAUAUAACAGGAGCAAUUUAGUUUCUGCUGUAGCAGUAAUAGGUGAUAACUGAAUGUUCUUGCUGAUGCAGCCAGCCAGCAAGAGUUAAUAUCGUAACUCCUCCUGUGCGUUUUUUUUCUCGGGUAUCAAAUGCCUGGUUCUUGUUGCAGCAAGAUAUCUGCACUAAAUCAAGAUGCUAAAGAAUAAAGGGGAGAUUGUCAUUAUAGAGUGACUGACUUACCUGUGUUAUUGAUAACACUAAAAUAUGUGAGCAGUGAAUUGGAAAAAAAUAAUUUACUGUCACUCUUAAUGCUAUUUGUUUACAAAACAAUAAGGCAGUGCACACACUCCAGGAGUCAGUACAUGGUAUAGUGGUUGGAGCAGGGGAUUGGGAAUUAGGAGAUGUGAGUUCUGUUCCUGGCUCUGCCAUUAACUCUAACCUUGGGCACGUCUUUGUCCCUUUAUGUAAAAUGGGGAGAAUGAUGCCUGCCUUUGUAAAGUGAGAUCCCAAAAGGUGCAAUAAAUGUAAAAUACUGGGUUUUAUAGCAGUCAACUUGGACAUCAAAACUAAAGUGUCUAUAGCUUCAGUUUAAUCUCAUGCACUAGCCCAUUGUUGCAAUGAUCUAUUGCUGACUGCCAUAGAGCAAUGGUAUAAUGAUUAUAUUGGUCUGUUUAACAUUAAUAUUAGAGUAAAUGCAACGACUAAGUGUUCUUUUGUAAUUUUUUUUUACCCAGAGUCCAUGUGGAAGGAUUGUAUAUUUAUAAAGAAGUCCGUGUUCCAUACCAGUGUAGGGUCCUUCCAGCACAGUAGUUGGUCCUUUUAAGGCAGCACAGUAGUUGGUGCUUUUGUAUAUACUCUGGCAUAUGUGGGCCUUACUUAGCAGCUGUUCCAUAACAUGAUACCAGGGUUACUCUUGUCCUGCCAUUGGAGCAAGAUGGAAUCUGGGAAGAGAGAGUGAGGCUGACUAUGCGCACCUCUCCCUCACUUUAAUCCAAUUCACGUGCAAGUCUUGACAUCCCCCCAACUCCCGUAAACUUCAAAGUCCUGUGGCGAUGGGUGAGCGACAAAGCAGCAGGUGUGGAUACACUGGGAGCUGUA